AUGUUAAAUAAAGAAGCAUUAUAUACCUCUUUAAAGGUAGUAUAUGGUCUUGCAUUAGUGGCAACACCAAUAUGGGGAACAGGUGUAUUACUUGCAACUUUAAUGAUGAAUGAUAGUGGUAGAUUCAAAAACAGAUUUCAGUAUGGAUGUCUAUAUAGUUUUAUUGCGACUCCAAUUGCAUUAACCUUUUCGCUUUAUAGACUACAUUAUGGAGAUAGAAGACCAUUAGUUGCAUUAUUACCCUUUAUUACAGUAUCUUCUUAUAUUACUUGUUGUAUUGCCUUUUGGAAAGAUAAAAAAUAA